GGAAAAGCAAGACAGUCCAGAAGACAGGCUGACCCAAUUCUCAAAAAGCCUCUGUCUGACCAUUCCCUGCCACAGCUCCUCCUGUUUGGUCUCCAUUCUCCACUCCUUAAUUGUGGGGACGUGUCAGGACAUCUGGAGACGAUUAAGGCUCCACACACAGCGACAGCCUGUAAGGACCUGCCUCUGAAGAUCAUUCGGACCGAGUCCCAGAAACUGCAAAGCGUGGAAUAACAAACAACCAGAUGCCUCCGGAAUUUCAGCAGACUCUUCUUGUGUCAGGCACUUGGAUGGCGCAGAACUUCUCCUAAUUAUCAGCGCUUAGAAAAGUGAUUGGAAGAAAAAGGUUAGAUGAGCAGAAUGCUUUGGAAACUCCUACCCCUGCUGCUGCUGCCCCUGGGCACUGGACAAGCUCAAAGAACGACCCAGGAUGUGUUCAUGAUGCAAUACUUUCAGAGGCGACUCCAGGAGCUGGAGGAACGUCUUAACAGGUGUGAUCAGGACCUCCAGAGCUUCAACCAGAAAGUGUAUGACAUGUCCUCUGAGAUGCGCGGACAGAUUCGCAGCGUAAACGUGCUUAAGUCUGAGAUCCAAGGUCACGUGGACAAUCUGGCCUUGCGGGUGGACCGUGUGGAGAGAGAUGUGGAGUACCUGCAGAACAAAAUCCCAGACUCGUCCGACGUGGAGAUAGCAGAAUCCGUGAUAGAGCAAGAGGUGAAAGAAGCUCAGCUGAAGAAGAAAGUUGCCGUCACACAGGGCAAAGAUUGCAGCACUCAUCUCUCUGGCAUCAAGUCCCAGAAAAUCGUCAAGAAAGCAGGCGAUCUGACCGGCUCCUGGAUGAAAGAUUCCACCAAAGGCUCCUCCAGGAUCUACUUCUUCAGUGGCUCCAGAAACAGCACACUGUUGGAGUUCGUCUCUCUGAAGGCCUUCACGGACACCAACUGGACCAGAAAGGCCGAGAUCAUCUCACUGCCUCUGGCCUGGCAGGGGACGGGCCACGUGGUCUACAACGGCUUUAUGUACUACCACCACGCUAACACACGAAACGAAGUGCUGAAGGUGCACCUCCUCAACCGCACAGUGACUGACCGUAUGCUGCUGCCCGGCGCAGGCCGCAUGCCCACUUACAGCCUCUCCUCUCACACUCUGCUGGACCUGGCCGUGGACGAGCUGGGUCUGUGGGCCAUCCAUGCUGACCCGGACUUUGGAGGGAACCUGGUAGUCACCAAGCUGGACUCCAACAGCCUAGCUGUGGAACACACCUGGGACACUAGCUGCAAAAGUCACAAUGCUGAAGGGGCCUUCAUAAUCUGCGGAACCAUGUACGUGGUCUACAACUCACACUCUGGAGGGCGCUCCAGCGUAAAAUGCUUGUUCGACAUCCAUGAUACCCUAUUGACUGAGGAGAUGCCAGUGAUUUUCUUCCCGAAGCGCUACACCAGUCACUCGGGCAUGCACUACCACCCCAAAGAGAAGCAAGUCUACGCCUGGGAUGAUGGAUACCAGACCAUCUACAAACUGGACACCAAGAGGAAAUUACAAGUUACCUAAAUUUCCCCUUCACUUCAACCGUAGUGCCUCAGCUAAGGCAGGAUCGCUGUCUGAGGUUUGCUUCUUUAGUUGUGCGCUGACGUUAUGAGGCUACUGUAGAAGUAACAUCAUUAGUUUGAGGCAAGUGUGUGAUGAUUUAUGCCUGCAGUUAGCACAAUGCUAACAAAUGACUAAAAGCUUCAACUACUCCUUAGAUACUUUAGCUUUAGAUACUUUUCAUACACUCACCGGCCACUUUAUUAGGUACACCUUACACCUUGCUAGUAAAAGGUUGGACCCCCUUUUGCCUUCAGAACUGCUUUAAUUCUUCGUGUCAGACUUUCAACAAGG